UAUAUUUUGAAACCUUGACGGUUUAAACUCGAGCAAAACCAUCGGAACACCUUUUUCAGUAAUCCAGAAUCGAGAACAAAAUUAACUUAUUGCGAAUCUGAUCAUCCGGUCACCAUGGCCCAGAUGUGCCGCCUCUGCUUGCGGCCUUCCUCCGGAAAGCACGCCCUGUUUAAAACUACCAUCGGCGACGCAUCCUUGGAGGAGGUACUUCGCGAAACGUUCCACCUGGAGCUGCCCAAAGGUCGUAGCUUGCCCAAGUACGUGUGCGAGAGCUGCCUACGGAAGGUCGAGUGCUUGCAGCAGUUCCACAAGGAGGUCCUUCGAUGCCAGAGGCUGCUGCAGGAGGGGAAAAGGGUAGAACUGGAGCAGCAGCAAGAGGCGCCGAGCGAUGGCUUGUACGAGCAGAUUGAGAUGCUGGACGAGGAACAUUUGGAGGAGGACGAGCAGCGGCCUUUGCUUCCGGUAGAGAACGUUCAGCUUGAGUCGUUCGACUUUGAGGUGGAGGAAGAAACGGCGGCGGAGGAGCAGCUAGUUGAUAUUAAGAUCGAAGCACUUGUGGAGGACGACGAUGAUGAGAUACAGAUUGAUGACGAACAGUCGGAGGGGGGAUUGGAGGAGGAAGGUUCUGCGGGGGAAGUUUUAGCAGCGGUGCCGGUAAAGUUGGCGCGUGCCUCGAGAAAGCGCAGGGAGAAACUGGAGGUGGUGGAAACGGUCCCCAACAAAUGCUACGUCUGCAACGAGGUUCUGGAGGACAAGGACAGUUUCGACGUUCACCUGGUCAAUCACUCGAACAUGCUGCCGCAUCAAUGUCUGCAGUGCAGUACGGAGACGAAUCCGAUUCAUCUGAAGACUUUGUUGGCGCUGAACAAACACUACGAAUCUCACGGGUUCAACUACGUAUGCAAGCAUUGCCCGUUGCGGUUCCGGUCGUAUCCGCCGAUGUACGAUCAUGCGAGAAACGCGCACGCGGAAGUUAACACGGAGUUCUCCUGUGAGACCUGCGGCCAGAAGUUCAACGAGAUUCGGAAGUACCGGAAGCAUGUUCUAGCGCACAAGAACCGUGAAUUGCAAAAGUACAAGUGCGAGACGUGUGAAAAGACGUUCCAGACUGGGACGCUGCUUCGUCGGCAUCAGCGAACUCACUCGAAUGAAGCGCAAUUCGUGUGUCCUUUCUGUGGCCGCGGGUUCAACCACGAAAGUAACUUUGCCCAACACAAGCUGCGGCACAUCAAACAGCAACAUUUGGAACUGAACGGUCAUCCAUGCAAGGAGUGUGGCACCCACUUCACAACCGCUCUCGCCCUUCGUAAACACAUGGUCCAACACUUCCCGGACGAUCCGGUGUACGUGGCAGCCUCGGAGAAGGUUGACUACUUUCCACACCACCUGAAAGAUCCCGCGUCCUACCCGCGCCGCUGCGAGGAACCCGACUGUCCGUACAUCGCAUCGACCUACGCCCUGAUGUGGUCCCACUACCGGAAUCACUACAAAAGCUACCCGUGCAAAGAGUGCGACCGGAAGUUCGCAACCGCUACGAUUCUGAAAAACCACGUCGACGUCAUCCAUCGGAAGAUCCGCAAGUACCAGUGCGAGUACUGCCAGAAAACGUUCGCCUACCAGCACAAGUUCAAGGAACAUCUCCACGUGCACAUGGGCUACAAGGGUCGCGAGUGUCGCUACUGCAGCAAAUCCUUCACCCACUCGUCGAACCUGCUGGUCCACGAGCGAAUCCACACUCAAACCAAGCCGUACAGUUGCGAAAUAUGCAAGUCGCGGUUCAUCACGACUUCGGCGCUUAAAAAGCACCAGCGGACGCACGGAGUGGUGUUGCAGCAACAGAAACAGGAACCGGUUGAAUAUGGGGAGGAGGAGCAGCAAGAGGAACGUGAGGAACUAGCAGAGGAGCAGCUUGUGUACUUGGAGGAAGAAGAGGAAAUUCAGCAGGAUGUAACCGUUGGCGGUGAGAUUGAAGUAGACCGGAAGGAGCUGAUUGCGACGCUGGAGGGAGUGUAGUGGAAGGAUUUGUAACUGAAUUGCAUUGUCACACUAUCAAUA